AUGGAGGCCGCUCCACUGACGUUGGCCCACACCCAUGCUAGAAAUGCGGUUCUUGAGACCCGCAAGUCCAACCCGGUGGCCGCCAGUGAGGAACAUGACUUGGCUGCGGGUGAGUUCGCCGCAGCAAGUCAGAAAUGCACCGAUCACGAGGCCCUUCGGACCCUACAGCUGCUUGAAAGCCACCACAAAAAACUCGCCGAGAUCUUGAGAUUUCAACAUGAACACCCAGAGGCAUCUACUGCCGCCCUAAGCCCGACUUCAGCUUCCGCCUUUGAUACCCCAACCGCGAGGGGGAGCGCCGCCGUCCAGGAGGCACAUGGGCAGCCACCACGGCUUCCAGGGCACCCUCGGAUCCCAAGUCGAGAAUCCUCUUCGAUCGCGAGCAACCUAGCAACAGCUCGAGGGAUCCCCGCUCAACCUCGCCGCGGAUCGCCUGUCUCACCCGCACUCUCUGUACAGCAAGCCGGGGCAAAGAUGUCGGACAACAAGACUAGGACUGGAGAGUCAAAACUUAGGGAGGUCCCGAGAAGUAACCGCACCAGGGCUCGUCAGCCUUGGACACCUCCAUUGCCGAGUCCAAGCGAAGUUACAUCUCAGGAAGUAGCACCUCCCCAGAUGACCACCAACGCCAGAGCAUCCGUCGCGGAUGAGCCGUUCCAGCGGUUCUAUUCGACCUUUGAAGGACUUGUGUCUAAAAUUACCGCUCCGCUGGCCUUUGCAGGUCUUCCGCUUGGAACAGACGAUGGCGCAAAAUCUGGACCUGCAGCCGCCAAGUCUGCGGCCGAGACUAAGGUCGAUCGCAACCAUGCGACUUCAGACCGGACUAGUGCCGAGCCAGACGUGAACAAAAUAUUCUCCAAGGCAGCUUUAAGAUCUCUCCGCGACUCUCAAGGUGCUGGACCUGCCAACCCGGCAGAGUCUUUCUGCAUUGUGUCCACAACGGGCGGGACCAUGUCUUACGCUGAGAUCUUGAAGAGAGCAGAGAAGGAAGCUCGAAGGGGUAGUUUCGAUGAAGAUGACGAUUUUGUAGACGCCCGAGAAACGCCCUCCCAGUCACCUGAAAUACGCCAGAGCGCAAGCAACAUCAGAGCUCGGGCAUGGCGCGGCACUGGCGACAAGCAAAUGAGCCUGCGACUAGAAGAGCUCGAAACCGAGAAUAAAAUGUUGAAGCAAGCAUCGGAUACACUUUCUAAGCGUCUUCAUAUGUGGGAAGUGAAUGCCCAAUCGUCUUCUAUGGCUCUACACCAAUCCAUACGCGUCAUUCAACACCAACGCCCGGGAUCCCCUGAACAAAACUUCCGUGGUCUCUCGGUUAAUAAUACAUCGCCUGUCACAACGAUGAAUCCACCUCCAUCCCACCCACCAGAGGUAGAUCUGAGGAUCAAGGAGCUUGAAGAGCAGGUUCGACUUAGCAAAGAGAAAUUGAACCUUGCUGGCGCUGAGAAUGAGAAAUUGAAGAAGACUCUUGGCAGAUAUCAAGACCGAUGGCACCAGUUGAAAGAGGGCGCUAAGACCCGUCGAGCUGAAGGUCGAUUCAGCGAUGGGCAAAGUGGUGCAAGCUCCAAGACUCCGGAGCUUCCCACGACUCCCCAACCUGACACGGAUUCUUCUGACAAAUCCACGCACCGUGCAGGGAAAGUCCCAGAGAAUUAA